AUGACGACGCCGGAGAUCCACCACGCUCCCUCGGAGCGGGGGACGAUCGAGCUGAUCGGCCCUUCGCACUGCACCUUUACGCGAAGUAUCGCUCUUGCUCUGCACGAGCUUGGCAUUCCGUACAUUGCGAUCCAUCGCGCGCCUCACUCUGCCGACGUCCGGUCGCUCAACCCGUACGGCCUGACGCCCGUCCUUCGCCAUCGACAGGAAGGACUGUAUGCGUCACCGGAAACGACCGUCGUCCUAUCCGCAUCGCACGCGGUUCGACGAUACAUCGACGAGCACCUCGCGCCCCUCUGCUCGCGCUCCACCUUGACGCCUCCAUUGCGGGUCGGCGACGCAAAGAGUGUGGUCGAAAGAAGCAAGUGCGACGCCUGGAUCGAAUCCAUCUCUCACACGCUCUUCCCGGCCAUCGAAGCAGGGUAUGUCGGUUCCGCGCUCCAGAUGAGGAAAAACGGCGCCGAUGGGGAGACGAUCAAUGUCGCUCUCGAGCUCGAGCUGAACCGCGUGCAGGCGUUGUUGGAGAUCGUAGAAUCGCAGGCGAAAGCUGCUGGUGAGGGAGCAUGGGUCAUGGGCGGCAACGAGAUCACUUGGGCAGACCUCUUCCUCUUUCCCAUCUUGGACGAUCUCAGAGCCAGCCCGGCAGGAGGGCUCCUGAGCGGGAACAGUCCCACCUUCCCCUGGCUAGCAGCGUGGAUGAGCAGGAUGGAUAGCAGACCAAGUGUUAAGGCUACACACGAAGGGACUGUUGCUCAUCAUGCUCAAUAA